UUUCUCCGCACGCGUAGCGGCUGAAAGUUUGGAUUGGUGGCUGUAAACUUUAAACUAAUUCAUUAUAAAAACGGAACAAAAUUGAGUUUAUAGACGGCUUUGUGUAUUUAAAGGCCUUUAUAAAAGUGACUUAAGAGCUCUAUAACUACGAUAAGGCGUUAAACGUGCCGUAUUUAGAGUUAAUGUAACCGAAGUGCCGGUAAUUUGGCGAUGGCUGUGAGUUUCGUAGCGCUCACCGCUUUAAUCCUCUGUAAUAAUGUAAGAUCUGGAUCAUUUCAGACACAUAAAGAUGAUGUUAGUCCAGAACACUGUUUGGUUUGGGGUCCAGGGUUGGAGCCCCGGUCAGUGCUGCCUGUUCGGUAUUUUUACAUCCAGGCGGUCAGUGAGAGUGGACAGGUCAUCUCCACCUCUCCGGGUAAAGACUCGUUCAGGGUGAGAAUAACCUCGCUGUCGCAGAAGGAGCACGUCCGUAUCCAUGUCCCACCACCGCUGGACCGCGGGGACGGAUCCUUCCUGGUCAGAUUUCGGAUGUACGGGAGCUCCGUUCAUGGGCUGAAGGUGGAAGUGCUUUAUAAGGACAAACCAGUGGCUGAGUCUCCAUACACUCUUAAAGGUCCAGUAUAUCAUGAGUACUGUGACUGCCCCAAAGUGGACGCCUCAGCCUGGCAGAGCGUGAUGAAAUGUCCUUCAGAGGAGCCGCAGAUCCAGCAGGAUUUCAGCUCGUUUCCCUCUAUAGAUCUCCGCCGGCUCCUGGAGGAGGUUCCUAAACGCUUUUCCAGCAGAGGUGGACUGAUUCACUACACCGUCAUCAAUAACCAGGUGUACCGGCGCUGCCUGGGCAGAUACACGGACUUCAAAAUGUUCUCCGACGAAAUGCUGCUGUCGCUCAGCCGCAAAGUAAAGCUGCCCGACGUUGAGUUUUACAUCAAUGUUGGUGACUGGCCUUUGGAGACGAGAAAAGUGGACGCUGUACCUGGACCUGUGCCCAUCAUCUCGUGGUGUGGCUCCACGGAGACGCGGGACAUUAUCCUGCCCACCUACGACAUCACGCACUCCACCCUGGAGACAAUGAGAGGGGUAACAAAUGACCUUCUGUCCGUCCAGGGGAACACAGGUCCUGCCUGGGUGAAUAAAACAGGCCGGGCGUUUUUCCGCGGCAGAGACAGCCGUGAGGAGCGUCUGAACCUCGUCUCCAUGUCCAAGAAGAACCCGGACCUGCUCGAUGCUGGAAUCACUGCUUUCUUCUUUUUCCGGGAGAGGGAGAAGGAUCUGGGUAAAGCCCCUCUGGUCGGCUUCUUCGACUUCUUUAAGUAUAAGUACCAGGUGAACGUGGACGGUACCGUGGCUGCCUACAGGUUUCCGUACCUGAUGCUCGGUAACAGCCUGGUGUUAAAGCAAGACUCGCCGUACUACGAACACUUCUACACUCACCUGAGACCGGGCCAACAUUACGUCCCUGUGCAGAGGACGCUGUCUGACCUCAUUCAGAAAAUCAAAUGGGCCAAGGAGAACGAUGCUGAAGCGGAGGCUAUAGCUAAAGCCGGACAGGCAGUGGCCAGGGACGUCCUCCAGCCGCACCGACUCUACUGCUACUACUACACUGUUCUAAAGACGUAUGCAGCUCGGCAGAUAGGACAACCUUCUGUCCAUCCUGACAUGGAGCUGGUGCCUCAGCCUUCUGACCAUAGUGCUGUGUGUGACUGUGAGAGGAGGACGGAGCCAGAAGAGUUCAGACAGAAACAUGAGGAGUUAUGACACUCUGCACCGUUAGCCUGACAGUCUAAAGCCUCGUAAAAAGGGGCAGUUUUCCAACUGUGACAAUCCUGUUUCAUUCACAAGUGCCUCUGAGGAGACGCUCACACCUGGCGUUAACAUACAUACUGGGUGAUCUGAUCAUUAGUGGCCAGCGGUGAGUUCAGGUGUGAAGAGGGUCUGAUGUGUCUUGCAAACACACCAUGAUUCGAUUACUAAAUCACAUUCGGAGCUGGUCAGAGACUGGGGGUUGCAGGAAUAGUCAUGGUUGACCAAACACCCAAAAAAGUAGCCAACUAGUCGUCGUACAUAUCAGUGCAAAGUAUUUGUUUACUUGGUUGCUGGUAGCUUUUGGGGCAGCAGAUGCUGUGAUGUGAGUUGCGAAACGUCCGCUGCAGAACAGGGACGUGGGAAGGUGUUAUAAGUUGGGGGUGCUGAAAUUUUAAGCAGUGUAUGCGUGAUAUGAACAGUCAUGCAAAAUAACUUGCUUUAUUUUUUCAUUUGAACUUUCUUGAUCAUUUCAAACCACUCUGAUUUCUUUUCUCUCUCCUUUUGGAUGAACUUUAUGAUAUCCAAUCAGAUUGUCAAUGCGUAGCACAAUGACCACUUGUGUCACACCCAGAGUCACACACUUGAACACACACUGAGCAGGAGAUU